GGCCGCAUAAAAGAGCCGCAUAAAAACGGAGCAUCCUCCUCCUCCUCUCCUCCUCUCUCCACCGCGGCUCGAUCUCGGCCGUCCGAUUGGGCGGCGCCGCCACUUGGACGGCGCACGCCGCGUCUCACCACUGCGUGCCGUGUCCCCACUGCGUUAAAUGUUAAAUUAACUGUCUAAUCCUAUGGAGUUCCGAAGCAUCCUACUUGGCUUUUCGCUUUAUCUUGUGUACUUUGUGGACAUUGUCAUUUCUAGGCAUACAAGUUCGUUUGUCCGUUCUGAAUGGCCUUCUACCGACAUCCCUCUAGACAGUGAAGUGUUUGCAGUUCCGAAGGGCUAUAAUGCACCCGAACAGGUCCAUAUCACUCAGGGCGACUAUGAUGGAAAAGCUGUUGUUAUCUCGUGGGUAACAACCUCUGAGCCCGGGAAAAGCGAAGUUCUAUAUAGUAAAGAAGAGCAUAAAUAUGACCGUACGGCUCAAGGGAGAUAUACAAAUUAUACAUUUUACGAUUAUACAUCUGGUUACUUACACCACUGCCUUGUUGAUGACCUUGAGUACGACACCAAGUACUAUUACAAGAUCGGGACAGGUGAUUCAGCUCGGGAAUUUUGGUUCCAAACGCCACCUGCUGUUGAUCCAGAUGCUCCCUAUGCUUUUGGUAUUAUAGGUGAUUUGGGGCAAACGUAUAAUUCUCUUUCCACUCUUCAGCACUACAUGCACAGCGGAGCACAAAGUGUUCUAUUCGUUGGAGACCUAUCUUAUUCUGAUAGAUACGAACACAACGAUGGUAUACGCUGGGAUACAUGGGGCCGGUUUAUUGAACGCAGCGCUGCGUAUCAGCCGUGGAUUUGGACUGCUGGAAAUCAUGAAAUAGAAUACAGACCUGAACUGGGAGAAGUUGCUACUUUCAAACCGUAUUUACAUCGAGUUACAACUCCUUACUUGGCUUCGAAGAGCAGUUCUCCCAUGUGGUAUGCAGUCAGGCGCGCAUCUGCCCACAUCAUUGUGCUUUCGAGCUAUUCUCCUUUUGUUAAAUACACUCCUCAAUGGUGGUGGCUUAAAGGGGAACUGCAGCAAGUGGACAGGGAGCGGACACCGUGGCUUAUUGUGCUCAUGCAUGCGCCACUCUACAACAGCAACGAAGCUCACUACAUGGAAGGGGAGAGUAUGCGGGCCGCGUUUGAGAGUUGGUUUGUACAAUAUAAAGUUGACAUCGUCUUUGCGGGCCAUGUUCACGCCUACGAGAGAUCGUACCGUAUCUCUAACAUCAACUACAACGUAACAUCGGGCAAUCGUUAUCCUGUGCCCGACAAAUGCGCUCCUGUUUACGUAACUGUCGGCGAUGGAGGGAAUCAGGAAGGCCUUGCUUUACGGUUCUCCGAUCCACAGCCCGACUAUUCGGCAUUCAGGGAGGCAAGUUAUGGUCAUUCUACAUUAGAGCUUAAGAAUAGAACCCAUGCUUUGUACCAUUGGAACAGAAAUGAUGACGGAAAGCAAGUACCAACCGACUUCGUCGUAUUUCACAACCAAUAUUGGGCGAGCAACACUCGACGGAGGAGGCUGAAGAAGAAUCAUCAUUCCCAGAGACGCGACGUCUUCGUUGCUUCGCUCUGAGAACUAAUCAAAUGUCGAAAGGGCUGCUUCUUCUUCUUCUGAGGUCAAUGGUGGAGGAAUCUGGAUAACUCAUGAAAGCAAAUGCAUGCCCUUGAAAGAGACCACACAAACCGACCUUAUUGUCUCACUUCAUCUUAAAAGCCCCUCGCUUUCCUACGGAUACCACCGAAGGUUUCUUUAAAGACUGUUGCGGUGCUGACAAUAAUGUCUGGCGAUUGAUUGGUUUGCACGCGUGCUCCAAACGUCGCCGAUAUUAUCAUCAGUAAGCACUCUAGAGGCUGUAUAAGAAGAAUUCGAGAGAAGCAUUCUCAUAGAUUACUGAUGUACUGACAAUUGCGUAUCAUUGGCGAUACUUUAGAAGUUGCAUAACAAUUAUAUCAGAGUCUUACUUAUUUAUGA